AUUUCUUUCAAAAUUGUGCUUCGUUUCUUUAGAUGAGAGAGCUAAGUCUAGUCUUUCUUUACGGUCGUAUGGAUCUACAGACCUGAUAUUGGAUACUCCUGUUACCAUGCUAGAAAAGAAUGCACGCAUAUUAAACGAUGGUAUUUAUAACUCCAGAACGGAGAAAACUUACGAGGUCAACGUGAAAGUACAUAAACAUUCUUCUAAUUAUGAAACAGACAACGAUCCUUCCUUUAUAACAAGUCCAGAUAACUCAGUUCUGUUGCAAUCUAAAGUGUCUAUUGAAGUGUCUUCUAUGUCCGAGAGCCAUAAAGGAGUGGCUGUUAUUCCGACCGAAUCGGCCACUCGGACAAAAGAUCCUCGUCAGAAUUUUUUGUGCAGCAGAUCAGAUGCAGUCAGAACACAACCUAAAAUUCAAAAUACCAGUGCGUCACAGACAACUCUAGAAGGCUGGCGCCUUACCAUUUUGAGUACAAUUGGUCUUACAGAGGAGUUAUUGUACCCUAUCGACCCAACUGAGAAGUACGACUUUGUCCUCACUGCCAGAUGGAACCAGGAUCCUUUGGAGCGCCUCUUUGGACAAAUUCGUGCAUUCGACACCCAUCCAACUGCAACGAGUUUCCUUCACAUCAUUCUAAUGAUGUCUCUUUACACGCCCGCUAAGACAAUGCUUAGAAACGCAAAUGUUGAAAAUGAUGCAUGCUAUCAAAAGAAAAAGCUAGUGUUCAAAAAAGUUUCAAACUCGGAACUACAGCGCAUGUAAAUACAAAGUAAUCUCAAUUAAA